CACAGUCAUAGAAACAAAUACAUUACAAGUGAAGUCUUUUUCUUCUUUUUUUUUUUUGCAGAUUCCAAUGGCAAAGACAAAGAAAUUGGUUGGGGAUCAGGGAAUAAUAUUUAACAAUAUGUUUACAACGAGUCCACUGUGUUGCCCAAGCAGGUCAAGUAUAUUCACUGGACGCUAUGUACAUAACCACAAAGCCUUGAACAACUCUGUCAGCGGUAACUGCAGCAGUCCAGCCUGGCAGCAGACACAGGAACCAAAUGCUUUCCCAACACAUCUGAAAGAUAAUGGAUAUGAGACUUUCUUUGCUGGGAAAUAUUUAAAUCAGUAUGGUUUCCCAGCAACAGGUGGGGUGGAGCAUGUUCCUCCAGGGUGGGACAACUGGUAUGGACUGGUUGGGAAUUCUGUAUACUACAAUUAUGCUUUGUCAGUAAAUGGAAAAAGAGAGAAACAUGGUGACCAGUACCCACAGGACUACCUAACAGAUGUAAUUCAUAAAAGAGCUCGGCAGUUUCUAGAUGAUAGACAUAAAUGGUCUGACCCUUUCUUUAUGAUGUUGUCAACACCUGCAUGCCAUGCUCCCUUUACACCAGCUCCUCAACACAAUAGCAGCUUCAGUAAUAUGACAGCUCCGAGAAAUGGAAGUUACAAUGUUAAAGCACAGAAUAAACACUGGCUUAUAGAGCAGACUGUUGUACCAAUGCCAGAUGAUACUGUGAAAAGCUCAGAUGAAAUCUUUAGAAACCGGUGGAGAACCCUGCUCUCCGUAGAUGAUAUGGUGGAAGAUAUCCUGCAAACGCUAGAUACUAAAGGGAUUCUUGACAACACUUACGUAUUCUUCUCCUCAGACAAUGGAUAUCAUUUAGGUCAGUUUGGUUUACCAUAUGAUAAAAGGCAGCUGUAUGACUUUGAUAUCCGAGUACCACUGAUGGUGAGAGGACCAGGUAUAAAACCUGCAACUUUUUCUGAUGAGGCUGUAUCAAAUAUUGACCUUGCACCAACGUUUCUCAGCCUUGCGGGUUCUAUUAUGCCAGGGGCAGAUGGUGUCAGUUUUAAAGACAUACUUCACCCGCAGGACAAUGGAACAAAACCAGUACGAGGAACUUUUCUGGUAGAGCAUACUGGUGAAUAUUCAGAAACUAUCAAAGGUUGUCCUCAGUACACAGGGCAGAAUAUGAAUAACUGCAAUAACCAUUGUGUUUGCGAGGAUUCUAAGAAUAACACAUUUGCUUGUAUAGUACAAAUUAGCAAGAUGGAGAACAUGAAAUACUGCGAAUUUAUUGAUUUACAGAAUUCUGUAGAGAUUUAUGACUUGAAAUCAGAUCCAGCAGAACUGAACAAUUUAUACCAAACAUGGCAGACAACCGACCCAAAGAAGAUUGCAUCUCUUGAACGACAGUUACAGUACCUAGCAACAUGUUCAGGAGAAGCAUGCCACAGUGUUCCUACCUAGUGCUACACAUAUUGUACAGUUAUAUGACUUGUAAUGCUCAUUUACCAAAAAAUCUAAUACAAAAUUCCUGGUGUUCACACCCUGUGGUGGAAAACGCUGGUCUGGUGUAAUAAAACUUUAGUUUGAAGACCAGUUUAAAAAGUCAGCAUCUGAUUGGUUGAUUUUGAACUUAAUCUUACAACUGACCAAUGGGAAUGCUGCAGUCAUAGACUGGUUCCCAGAUUCUUUUCCUAUAAUCUUUGAACCAGAUUAUACUUGUGAAUAAGCUAAGGCAUUGGUUGUAAGUUUAAAUUGUCACAAAAACAGCACAGUCUGUUGUUGUUGUUAUACUGUGAUAUAUUGAGUCAGUUAUUGUGUUAAACACAUUCCUUGAAUAUAUCAUUAUAUUUUUAUAUUGUUGAAUUAUAUAUCAGCUUAAAGGUAUGUAGCGCAGUAAAUAGUGCACAUUUUUAUCAAAAAAGGGGUUAAUUGCUUUUUUAUGUCAGUGCAGUUAUCGUCUUUUUGCACUUUGGUAACAAUUUGUUUUUUUAAGUUCAUAUUUUUUAAAAUUAUUUUAACUGAAAUAUAUCCUUUUUACUUAUUUUACAUGUACAAAUUCAUGACAUAUUGUUUGAGCUGGAAAAAGUAAAGAAAGGUCUUUAGAAUGUAUAGACUUCUUUUGCAUUUUGAUUUGAAAGGUUGUUUGUUUUUCUGAUUUUGUAUAAAACCAUUAUGGAAAUAUAAUAUUUGUCAGUGACAGAAACUGUCUAAAAAUAGUUUUUGAUUUGCAAUAAACUCGCAGGAAACAACGUUGAAACAGAGAGUUUUUGAGAUGUUAUUUGUCAUUAUGUUUCAGGAAACCACUGAAAAACAUGAAAUAACUUGUCAUAAAAGCUUGAUUUGCAAUUUUCAGUUUUGUUUUAAGCUCUGUUAUGAGAAAAUUAAUGUGGUUUUUUGCAACAUUGUUUACAUUAACAGCCCUGUAAAAGUUACCAAAGAAUACCAUUAUCAGAAAACUACAUUAUACUCAAAUCAUUACAGCUUUCAUUUAGAUGCUUUUUUUUUUAAAGUACUGGUAUUAUUGUACAGAACGUAAUUGUUUAUAAUAUACAUUUGUAUCACCUUACUAUUUUACCUCAAUUUUAAAUUUGUAACAUUUUGUAUGGACUGUAAAAGAUUUCACCUUUUUGUAUGGAGUAGAAUCAUUAUAUACUUUUGGUACGCUGCAUUUCAGGCAGUUCAAACCCAGCUUCAGUCACAACCAUUCAGUCACUAAAUACUCCAGUUAUUUACUAGUUCAGAUACUUACCUUCUACUUGAAUGAACUGAAAAUUAGAUAGUAAACCUUUAAAAAUAUAUUUCCAAUGUCAUGUUAUAAAACAACUUACUGAAUAGCUUUGGUCUUAGAACUGGUUGCAAGUAGUUAUGAAUACUGACCAGCAAGACGUUCAGUAAGUGUGUAAGGAUUGUCAAAAAUUGUUGCAAAGCUAUAUAUCCACCUUACACAUAAAUGUGAAAUAUGGGGUAGGUACAGUAUUUAUCAAUGUACUGUAUUUGAAACUUAUUCUUCUUUUAACUGCAUGAUAAUGAAUCUCUACGUAUAGUCAAAUUAUUUUAAUCACGAUUUGAUAAUUUCACAAUUUAGUUGAAUUGAUUGCUUUAUUCUGUUCAGUUUUACAUUUUUAUAAAUGUAACAUGAAAUUGUUCUUUUUUCAUAAAAAAAAAAACAAUGUUUAAAGGGACUUCCCAAAAGACUGAUAUCAAAAUAUCAUAACUUUUAGGAACCAUUUGAAAUAUUAGUUGAGCAGUAUAAAUCAAAAAUGAAAAAUAAUUUAGUUUAUAUUUUUGUUGUACGGUGAAAUCAUUAAUAUUCCUGGAGGAACUACUUUCAUGGAUUUCGGGGUUGCAUCAGUCCACGAAUUAAAUCUCAGCAUACAAAGUUCCUUUUCUUCUAUCUUUAAAAGCGAAAAUUGGUGAAUUCAUAUCCCAAUGAAACAGCAGUUUUUGGCAAAAUUACUAAAUUUUAUACCCACAAAAUUGAAUGAUGUCACAGUAUACUAUGAUGAAAUCCUAAAAUUAUUCAAAUUUCGACAUUGCUCUAUCCAGUGACAUACUAUACAUGAUUCACUAUAAUGACUUACCAUAUCAUGAUUCUCUAUGCAUCUUACAGCUUCAUUAGUAUGUUGAAAAUAUCAAAUGAAUCUCCCUGUAUCACCCUUUUUAAAGUCUCCGUCAAUAUCUGCUGAUAUAAAAAGCUGCGAUCUAUUGACAUUUUUAAUCAGUUUAAAGAGUUAGAUAUUUCAUUACAGAAACGUACAUGAGCUAGCGUUUGCUGCAUAUCAAAAUAGAGAUGAAACAAACUAUUAAAUAGUUUUGCAAUACGUUAUGCAUGUUGAGUUUAAACUUUGUAUAUUUUGUCCGCUAAUAAAAUAUGUCCUGCUUUAAAAUGUACUAUGUUUUACAUCUAUCACAAGGCAGAAUCAAUCGUGUCCAGCAUGUGUAGUAGAUUAUUGUUCAGAUUUUCAAAUAUGAAUGAGAGCAUAAUAUGUCUUUUGAUUGUAUUAGUGAUGUUUUUAAGUUUGUAAAAAAAAUAGUAGUAAAAUCUUAUUAUUUGG